UCUCCCGGAGGCCCCCGCCGCCGCCCCCUCACACAUGAAGAUGUACGUGCAAAGGGCUCUGGUGCUGCUCUCCCUGCUGAGCUUCGCUACCGUGAGCCUCUCGCUGUCCUCCUGCACCACCUUGGACCUGGACCACAUCAAGAAGAAGAGGGUAGAGGCCAUCCGAGGCCAGAUCCUGAGCAAGCUGCGGCUCACCAGUCCCCCGGAGACCGUGGGGCCGACCCAUGUGCCCUACCAGAUCCUGGCCCUCUAUAACAGCACUCGGGAGCUGCUGGAGGAGAUGGAGGAGGAGAAGGAAGAGAGCUGCUCUCAGGACAACACCGAGUCCGAAUACUAUGCCAAAGAGAUUCAUAAAUUUGACAUGAUCCAGGGCCUCCCCGAGCACAAUGAGUUGGGCAUUUGUCCAAAAGGUGUCACCUCCAAUGUGUUCCGCUUUAAUGUGUCGUCAGCAGAGAAGAACAGCACCAACCUAUUCCGGGCUGAGUUCCGGGUGCUGCGCGUGCCCAACCCGAGCUCCAAACGCAGUGAGCAGCGCAUUGAGCUCUUCCAGAUCCUUCGGCCAGAUGAGCACAUAGCGAAACAGCGGUACCUCAGUGGCAGGAAUGUGCAGACACGGGGCUCCCCUGAGUGGCUUUCCUUCGAUGUCACCGAGACUGUGCGUGAGUGGCUUCUGCACAGAGAGUCCAACCUUGGCCUGGAAAUUAGCAUACACUGUCCUUGCCAUACUUUUCAGCCCAAUGGGGACAUCUUGGAGAAUUUGCAUGAAGUCCUGGAGAUCAAGUUCAAAGGCAUUGACAGUGAGGAUGACUAUGGACGUGGGGACUUGGGACGCCUGAAGAAGCAGAAAGACUUGCACAAUCCCCACCUUAUCUUGAUGAUGUUGCCCCCACAUCGACUGGAGAGCCCUGUAUUGGGAAGCCAGAGAAAGAAACGAGCCCUGGAUACCAACUACUGUUUCCAGAACCUGGAGGAGAACUGCUGCGUGCGUCCUCUGUACAUUGACUUCCGACAGGACCUUGGCUGGAAAUGGGUCCAUGAGCCUAAAGGAUACUUUGCUAACUUUUGUUCAGGCCCUUGUCCGUACCUUCGCAGCGCAGACACCACUCACAGCACGGUGCUGGGUUUAUAUAACACACUGAACCCUGAGGCAUCUGCUUCGCCCUGCUGUGUUCCCCAGGACCUGGAGCCACUCACUAUCUUGUACUAUGUUGGGAGGACCCCCAAAGUGGAGCAGCUCUCCAACAUGGUGGUGAAAUCCUGCAAGUGCAGCUGAAAGGCCCCCUGGCCCACCCAAAGCCAAGGAAAAAACUGUCAGCACUCACUCUCCUGCUCCCAGGCUAACACAAAGAGAACCGGGGGUCAGAGACUACGCAUGCUGAGGGCCAAGUGCCAAACCUUGAGAGUCUGGCAGCCCUUGGGGAUUUCUUCUGGUACACUCCUUGGUCGUCUUGGCAAGUGUAAUGUUCCUUCUAGGAAGUACUUUGAUGACACAAGGCCACACUCUCCAAAAUGGCUGGACAGUUGGUGCGGAAGAAAAGGAUAAUAUGGAAGAACUGCUGUGUAUUUGAAUGCUGGGUGGUUGAGAUGGGAAAGCAAGAGACUGAGAAAGCAGGUGAAAGGGAGAAUGGAAAAGAGAUGUUUUCUAUUCCUGCUUUAGCUUUCUUAAGACCUCAGCCCUCCCCAUUAGCCUGAAGUAUUAAAGGUUUUCCCUGUAGGAGGAAUUUUUGAAGGUAAUUUCGUUAGAGAAGGAAAAUGCACCAAGCAGGGAAGCUGCUAAGAGAAGAAGUGCUCAGAGAUACACAUAAUGUUCCUCAGAGCUGUGCUCCAGGAGUCCUGCAACUGAAACUGUAUCUGCCAGAACCUCUAAGUUCAGUUGACAGAUCCUGGCUAUUGGGUUCCAAAUGCAAACUGCAAGGCUCCCAGUCAGCCUACCAAGGGUGGGCAAAUACAAGGAAAGAGGGUGCUGAGUCCAUUUUCAGAGGGACUGAUGUCUCCAGUCAGCUCUUUUACCUUCCUAGAGUUUCUAAGAGAUGGUUUCGGGGUCAGGGCAGGAGCAUCUGUGGGUACCUGAAUAUUGGGCCUAUUAUUUGUGAUCUGAUACACCCUGAGGACCUCUUGUCUGUUGUGGUUUGUGAGGUGCUUUAGGGUGUUCUGCACCUAUUCUGCAUGAUGACCUGAACUUGGUCUCACCUGCCAAGACUUAAAAAAUAGUAAUCUCAAAAACUUUGUAAAAAAAUAAAUAUUUGGGGGGUGGGGGGAGAUGCUAAUUUUUUUCACAAGCAAGUUUUUUGUUGGAGGGUUGGAUGAUUUGCUGGUUUUAAACUGCUACUGCUGUGGCAUUCUCAGUCUAAAAUUUUUACCCUUUUCAAAAUGUUUCUUCAAAAGAAGAGAUAGAAUUUAGGUCAUCAAGAAAAUCCUAAAAUGGAAAUUUCCUAUUACCCUCAAACUGUACCUGGCAUAAACGUGCCCUGUUUCAACCUAGUCCUUCAGACAUGUACAUCACCACUGGCAUCUACUUUUGAUAGAUUCAUAUCAAGCUCCCCUGAAACACAAAAUACUUUCAACAAUACUGUUUAAAUAUCCAAGGCAAUGCAGUUGCCACAGCUGACAAAUGUUGCACGUCCAUUUGAAGAUAUAUAUGGUCUGCCAGUACAGACCUGUACAUCCAGGUAAAUAACACACCCUUCCCCUCAUGUACUGAUUUGAUGCUCAUAAAAAAGAUUACAAAUGCUGCCUGGGCAAGAAAUCAAUGAAGUCCUUUAAAUAGGCUUUUGCAGCCAUAGAUACUCCCAGAGGUAAAAAUCUCUGGUGCUGAAUGCCACAUGAGACUCAGAGGCUGUCUCUGACUUGCCAAAACACAGCUAUUUAAAAGCCAUGUUCUAGAGACCACAGAGGUUCCUCCCCGUCUCCUCCCAAUUCCUAGUCCCCAGCAACUGAGUGUAAAACGACACCUAGCUGGUUAAUUACUUGCGGCCAGGGCUCUGCACAGUCUGCUCAGAAUCCAGCUCUCCAUCAAGCCCUUCACAAUAGUGGCUGUUUCCAUAAGCUCAUGUGAGGCUGCCAAACUCUGUAAACUCAAAUGUCUUAAUAAACCAUAAACAGCCUUCCUGAACCAUCACCAACUGGAUAGAGGUUAGCAGGGGUGGGUCAGUGGAGGCAGCCUGCCAACCUGUGUGCCAUUUAGGCCAAGGCACAGGUGCCUUGAUAGAGGCACUCCCCAGUGCUUUAUCCUUUUCAUAUCUCUUUGGCUCCCUGACCUGUGUGAUUGGUGUGAUGAUGAAAGCUCUGAUCAGUCUUGCAGCACUACAGAAUUGCUGUGCCCUGUGCCUCUCCAUGCCCAGGCUUCCCUGCCACCUGCCCAGGGAGGGAGCAAAUAAAUGCUUUAUGACUACACCACCAUGAUGAUAGACAGGCCAGAAAUUUACUAGUUACAAGGGAGUGUGUGUAGGAGAAAUCCAGAUGCCUAUUGGCAUAGGAAUUCUCUCUGAUCUCCUUUUAGUAGCAGCCUCAAGGGAGGUUUUGGUUUACAAGCUGCAAUCUGUUCUUCGGUCAUUGUUCCUCCCGAGCCCUGGGUUGACUUUGCUCCCCAUCCAUCUGAAGGGCUUCCUAGCUCAUAAACAGGAGCUGCAAAGGGUUGAGCUAGAACACUUGCACACUCAAAGUUCUGCGUGGCACUUGGAACUCAUUGGAACCACAUGUGGAUUAACCCUGGCAGCCCCUUGAGAUGGGACUGUCUUCCUAGCCCUUGUUCACUGCUGCUCCUCAGUGACAGGAAGGGCUGGCAGAAAGACCAAGCCUUUUGCCUCUUGACAAAGGAGACAAUGGCAAUGGAAAAUCAGGGGUGAAGAGUCCUGGGGUGUCCAGCCAGUAUAAACACAGGUACACUCAUAGGAACUCAAUAGUAAUUUUUGAAAUCAAACAAAUUUCAGUUACUGCUUUUCUGUUCAGCCUUCCAUUUCCGUUGCAACAUUUGAGAAUUAGAUUUGUGAGACUAAAUUUUUCUUAAAACUAAAGCAACUUUUCUAGGGGUGUUUUAGCUAUAAUUCAGCAACAAACUAUACUAAACUACAUGGGGUUUAGUAAAAGAUUGAAUACACUCCUGGGUGCAAGUGUACCAAAAUGUUUCAGGGCACUUGUGUGAGAAGCAGAGGGCAGUUACUGUGCUGUUACUAGCUAGCAAAUUGAAGAAGACAAUGGGAAAGAAAAAAUGGGAUCUUCAUUGCCAACACUGAAUACAGCUCUCAACAGUUCCCUUUUGUUGUUUCAGAAACAAACAAUCCCCAUGAUGAAAACAAUCCCAGCACAGUUUGUCUCUUUAACAAAGAUCAAUGGUUAGAGUGAAAAAACCUAUUCUGCAGUACCAUAAGGCAGAUCCUACACAGAUGAUCAACCAACCAUCUGUGCAGUCCCUGUUUCUCUGUGGCAAACUGUUAUAGUAUGCAAAAGGCCUAGACCUGAACUUGAACACCUUGUUUUUUAGGCUGUAGUGCACUGUAGAGCUCUGAGAGGAACACUGCUUCAGUGAGUACAGAAUGUACACUUAAACAUCAGCAAAGAAUGGUCUUUGCAGACCAAGUGAGUCUUUGUUCUCUGGGUGUUGAAUUGGAUGGUCUCUAGGAAUCCCAUUGCACUUACAUAAAGCCCAUUCCUGUUACCACUGUGUGAACUGGGA